UUCAAAAGUGCGAUGAUAAGAAACGCCUUGUACACAGCGGGAGAGCGUUUAUUACCUAACCUAGAAAGUCGCGUGUUCAAACACUCGUCAGUCGCAACAUAGUGCUUAAAUUAUAAUUUAAUUUCGGCCGAACGAAACUAAUCGAGUUUCGGUAGGAAUCGAAGCGAAAAGAGCAGAUAUUUCUUCAUACCGGGCGCGUACCUGGAGCUCGAAGCCUCUCGGCUCGCUCCAGGUGACCUGAGGUGACAGUUAUGAAUCGAGCGACGACGUAAGAUGAUACUGAGGAGUUUCCCGUUCGCGCAAUGGGUUCUGGUUUUAAUCCUCUCCGUUGUGAUAAUCUAUCUGCGGCUACGAAUAAGCGAGCUCGAGGAGAGCUACAGAGAGCUGCAUGAUGCUGUCGUGCAAGCGCAAACUGAUAUUAGAAAUGACGCGCGCGUCGAAGCACCAGGUAAUGGAGGCGGUCUCGAGGACGUCGUCGUGAUAUAUAACAGGGUGCCGAAGACUGCCUCCACUAGUUUCGUGGGAUUAGUUUAUGAUUUGUGCAAGCAGAACAAGUACCACGUGCUGCACAUCAACGUGACCAAUAAUAUGCACACCCUCACUCUCACUAACCAGAUUCAAUUUGCAAACAAUAUAUCAAACUGGAAUUCUAUAAAACCAGCAUUUUACCAUGGGCAUAUGGCAUUUUUAAAUUUUGAAAAAUUUGGUAUUAAUCGUACACCUUUGUAUAUAAAUUUAUUGAGGAAACCUUUAGACAGAUUUGUAUCCUAUUAUUAUUUUUUACGAUAUGGCGAUAAUUUUAGACCUCAUCUUAUAAGGAAGAAACAUGGAGAUACAAAGACAUUUGACGAAUGCAUAAACAUUGGUCAACCUGACUGUGAUCCUAAUAACAUGUGGCUACAGAUUCCAUUUUUGUGUGGGCACGAUCCAGCUUGUUGGGAGAUUGGUAACAACUGGGCAUUAGACGAAGCCAAACGAAAUCUGCAAAAGCAUUACUUUCUAAUUGGUGUGACCGAGGAGUUAAAUGAUUUUGUGGAAGUAUUGGAAUAUGUACUACCACGAUUUUUCAAAGGAGCGUAUAACUUUUUUUUACAUAACAACAAGUCACAUUUACGACAAACUACUCAAAAACUCAAUCCAUUACCUGAGACAGUAGAGAAGAUUCAGCAGUCGGUUGUGUGGAAAAUGGAAAAUGAAUUAUAUAAUUUUGCUUUGGAACAUUUUCAUGCUGUAAAAAGACGACUCAUAAAUGCUUCCCCUCAAGAUGCAAAUCAGCGCUUUAUGUAUGAAAAGAUACGGCCAAAAUAAAUCUCUACUUUUUUACAUAAAACUUUA